UGAAUAGUCACAAAGUUUUCUACAUUCUUAACGUUAAGUCAUUUUGCAUAUUUAUCUUCAAUUUGGUGCAUAAAAAUGUCUCAAAAUUUUCGAUUUGAACCUAUCGUAGGAACCGAAGUGAUGAAAGUGUUUUCAAAAAACAAUGAAAAUCUCCCAAUAGAAUUUGAUUGUAAUAAAAGAUUUACAAUUUUACAAACUUGGUGUAAAGAAAAAUAUCUUCAACAAAUUGAAGACUUUGAAGUUCGAAAAGAUGAUAUUUGGGUUGUAAGUCAGCCAAAAAGUGGAACAACAUGGAUGAUUGAGUUAGUGUGGUUACUACAUAGUAAUUUUGAUUAUGAAACAGCUUUAAAAAUUGCACAGGAAGUUCGAGUUCCAUAUUUAGAACUUAAUGCAAUUGUACCAAAUCAGCCUAAUUCAAUUGAUUUAAUCGAUAAAAUGGCAUCUCCUCGAAUUAUUAAAUCACAUCUUCCAAUUCAUUUGCUUCCUAAAGGAUUAUGGACAGUUAAACCUAAGAUAAUUUUUGUUACAAGGAACCCUAAAGAUGCAAUAUUGUCUUAUUAUCAUCAUCAUUGUAAUCUCGGUGUAUUUAGAGGUACCAAUGAAGAAUAUGUGAAUUUGGCAAUUGAAAACAAAAUACGUAAUGCACCUUUUGGAUUACAAUCGAUUGAAUUUUGGCAGCUACGAAAUGAGCCUUACAUUUUCUUUUCGAGUUUUGAACGUAUGAAGAAAGAUCUAAGAUCAGUGAUUUUGGGAAUGAGCAAAUUUCUGGAUAGAAAUGUGGACGAAAAGCAAAUGGCGAAGCUUCUCCACCAUUUGUCAUUUGAAAAGAUGAAAGCUAAUCCGAUGUGUAACUAUAUAACCGAAGGACAACUGUUAAAAGAUUACUACGGUAAAUCUGGAAAAGAUAAUUCGCAGUUUGUUAGACAAGGUGCAAUCGAUUCACAUAAAACAGAACUUAGUGAAGAACUUGUAGAACGAAUGGAAAAGUGGCAUAAGGAACAGCUGGAUAGCUACGGUGUGACUGCUGAAGAGAUAUUUUAUUUAUAAUAAUUAAAUUAUUUUGUUUUAACACAAACAAAUAUUUAAAUAAAUAUUUUCAUUUUUUUAAUUUAAA